UUAUUUUACGUAUUUAGAAUUUAGAUAUGUACAUAAGUAUAUUGGGCUCAAUUUGUGUGACAAAAACAAUUACGUUCUAAUUUAGAUUUUGUUUAAAGUACAGAGCAAUAGAAACCAUUCUGCUAGGGGAAAUGACGAAGCCAAAUAACAAUGUUUAUAAUCCAAACGACGACUUAAUUGUUAGAUCGUUGAGAAAUUUUGGUUUAUCUUAUCUUAAUGUCAGAAGAGAUAAUGCAUCUGUGGCGUAUGACGAAAUGAGAAAAGAAUUUAUGGCGAAUGGUUCCGAACCAAUUGAUUUUACAACAGAAACACACUUGAAACCAGUUGAAACUAUUCCUGAAACAUUGCAUUUAGAAAAAAAUAAGAAAACAGCAAAACAUUGUGCCACAGGUAGUCCAACAUAUUUCAAAAAGUUUCCACAUGAAAUAAAAAAACGUGAAAGAUGUAACAGUGACAGAACCAGAUUAAAUCAAUCAUUCAUGGAAAAUCGUUGUGUUUUUUGCAGCAAUAACAACGAACCACUUGAAGUUGUUAAAAGUCAUUCAGUUCGUGAUGUAUUUGGACGGGUUUUGUGUCCCAAGCUAAGAACAUAUAUUUGUCCAAUAUGCAAUUGCUCUGGAGAUUUAGCACAUACUGUUAAAUAUUGCCCAAAGAAGCCAGUUAUAACAAUGGAAGAUGCAAUAAUGUUAGAAAAUCUAAAAUAUAGCGACAUACCUAAAAGAUAUGAAAAAUUUCGUUAAAUUUAUUUUAAAAUUUUAACUUGUUUGCUUUUAUGCAAAACUUAACAAAGCAAUU